AUAAAAUUGUUAAAGUUGUAUCCAGAUAAUUUUGUUCAACUUAAACCUAUUAUCUUGUUUCAGAUUAGAAAAUGAGAUGGUUAUACAAAUUGUGAGUUUGUAACAAUGCUGAUUUAUUCUGUUCUCAUUGCGGUGAGCUCCACGCUUCUCCUGGCAGUAACCUCAACGCUGGGAGAUGGGGAAAUCCAGGAGAUGGGUCAAGCUGGUGAUAUACAAGAUCCUUGUUCUCUGAAGGAGAAGAAUGUCAGCCUUGCUUCAUUGUCAUUUCCAUAUUAUGAGGGAUACAACACCCUAGGGAACGAUUCUAUCAAGAUAUAUCUGAGUUUAUGCAAACCUCUCAGCGAACUACCGGAGAGGAUUGCUGCUCUCUGCGACAAAACUGCGUUUUCCUGCAUAACAAAGUUUAAUGACAGGAAAAUUGAGGUUGAAUAUAUCCGAAAUGGAGGCUCUGUAUCUACCGGAGUACGAGAGGAGGUGAACCACCUGGCUCUGGUGGCUAUGACAACGACAACGACAACGACAUCUCUCAUUGAUUACAUGUUUUCCAAAGAGUUCCUGGAUAUGAUGCAAUAA